CUCUUUUCUCUCCCCCCCUCUCCCCCUUCCCCCUUCAAGGUUCCUGGAGUUACGUUUCCCUCCUUCCCUCUACCAUAUUCGAACGUCCCGGCUCUCGACGGUUCUCCUUCUUUACACCUUCCCUCCCACUUUCCCUCUCGCGCUGUUGUCAAUUGGGUAUUCCUUUCUGCAGGACUGCUGCUUCUGCUGUCAGAUCUCCAAUUCCAGCGAGAUACUCUCCAGGCUCUCCCUCCCGCUUCCGUCAUGGCCACCGACGUAUCAUCUCCAGUCUCUCAAUCGGUCUCAGAAAUCAAUGCCUGCGUUUCCACUUCUACCAGUCAUCACCGCCCGGCGGUCAAAGAAACCACGUUCCGCGAAUGGAUGCUGCAUAACCAGAUCGGGAUUACCUUGACCACUCUUGCGAUGUUAUUGGCCGUCCAUCACCUCUAUCCUUCCCUCAACCCCUACACCACGCCGUUCUUUCAGCUUUCCUACUACCAACCUGCUUCCGGGGACUACGUACAAGGAUGGGACGAUGUCUAUUUUGUCGCCAGCUCCGCACUUGCCUUCAUCGCUAUCCGGGCCAUUCUCAUUGACUGGGUCUUGAGGCCCAUUGCGCAGCAGUGGGGUCUGAAACGGAAGGCGUCGCUUCGUCUGGCUGAACAGGGCUGGCUUUGUCUAUAUUAUGGCUUCAUCUGCUCCCUUGGAAUGUAUAUCUGGUCCAACUCUGACCACUGGGGCGAUUUCAGCAAAAUCUGGGACCAAUGGCCUGCGCGCAAUGUUUCAGGUUUAAUGAAAUGGUAUCUCUUGGUACAAUUGGCGUUUUGGGCACAACAGCUUCUGGUGAUCAAUAUUGAGGAGCGUAGAAAGGAUCACUAUCAGAUGCUGACCCACCAUGUAAUCACCAUUGCCCUCUUUGGUUCGGCUUACGUCUACGGCUUUUACAAUGUCUCCAAUGUCGUGCUCUCGCUCAUGGACAUUGUUGAUCUCCUACUACCUACGGCCAAGGUUCUCAAAUAUUUGAAGUACGAAACGAGCUGCAACGCUGCUUUUGUUGUGUUCAUGGUUACGUGGUUGAUUACUCGUCAUGUUUACUACCCGAAACUCUGUUGGUCGAUUUACAAGGACGUCCCUGCCAAGAUGUCUUACGGAUGUUACUCAGGUACUACGGCGGAGAUGAUUUCCACCAAUGGCUACCCGAGCGCAUGGUCGUAUCUGGUCUCCCCCUUCAAGGAUCUUAACGGACCGAUUUGCAUGAACCGCACCGUCAAAUGGGCCUUUCUUUCCUGCCUUCUGGCACUGCAGCUGCUUUCCCUCAUCUGGUUCACCAUGGUAAUUCGCGUGGCCGUUGGCGUCAUCCGCACCGGUAAUGCUGAGGAACCUCGCAGCGAUGACGAAGGAGAGGAAGAGGAAGAGUACUUUGCUGAAAAGGAUGGCCUCAAUGGGUCCACGCAUGCGAUUGACAGCUCCAAUGUUGACUGGCGUCGAGCCAAUGGUUCCUCGGCUGUGCGGCCUCGGCGAGUUCGCCUUGGAGACCAAAGCGAUCGCAAGGCACUUCUAGGCCGCAUUGGCUGCGACAAGCCCACGUAAUCUGCCCACGCUCUUUACCUUCUUUUCUUUUCUUAUUCGCCUUUCUUUUAUGACGAUAUCACGGAUAUGGAUACGGACAUGCUGAUGCCAGUAUCAACGACAAUGCCAAAAAAGUCUCAUUACAGAUUAUACGAAAGAAGUGAAUAAACACGGGGAG